AUGUCUGGAGGAAAAUCUGGUGGAAAGUCCGCUUCUUCUAAGGGUACUCAGUCCCGUUCCGCCAAGGCCGGUCUUGCCUUCCCCGUCGGUCGUGUCCACCGUCUCCUCCGCCGCGGUAACUACGCCCAGCGUGUCGGUGCUGGUGCCCCCGUCUACCUCGCUGCCGUUCUCGAGUACUUGGCUGCCGAGAUCCUCGAGUUGGCUGGUAACGCCGCCCGUGACAACAAGAAGACCCGUAUCAUCCCCCGUCACUUGCAGCUCGCCAUCCGCAACGAUGAGGAGUUGAACAAGCUUCUCGGAUCCGUUACCAUCGCCCAGGGUGGUGUUCUUCCCUCUAUCCACUCCAACCUUCUCCCCAAGAAGUCUACCGGUGCCGAGUCCAAGGGCAAGGCUUCCCAGGAGUUGUAA